UCCUACAAUUAUAGAAUGACCUUUUACUUCGACCAAUUAGGAACCUGGACGCGAGAGGGAGGCGGUUCUGAGGCAGAUGAGAAGUGAUUAAGUCGAAGGAGCGCAAUUUAAACCUGCUAUACUGGCUACAUUGAGAGAGAGAGACAGUGCGAUAGAGAAAGGCGAGAGACCGAGAGAGAGAGAGAGAGAGAAAGAGAAAGAGAGAGAGAGAGGGUGGGGGGCAUAGAUAUAGAGCGAGACCAACAUUGUCAUCCUCUCAGAACGAGACUGCACUUUCAAACAGGGAAGAGAUAAUGAGAGCAACACUUCCACUUACUAUACGACCGGAGCUCCGAGAAGCGAUGAAAACAGGAAUGUUCUGACUUUAAAAACUUGCAACCUAUACUGGAAAGUAUUUUAAAGUGAUUGUUUCUCAAUCGAGACCUGCACCCGCAACUGCAUUAUCUGAGGUCAACAGUACUCUGCAAGUGAGCAUCGUUUUAAACAGACUGCACUUAAAUGUGCUGCAAAAAUACAUAAAUAAAUACAUAAACAAAACAAAAAGAAAAGCACGUUUCUGUUUCCUAAAAUAAUGCGCCACUAAAGGACUGAACAGAAGACUCCUGGAAUGCGUUUGGGAUUUUAGUUGAGUUUAUGUGUUUCUUUUAGAAUCCGUUACUUCUUUACUGGUAUUUCUUUCUAUGUACUUCCUUUUCACUGCCGCUUAUAUAUGAGUGCAGCUUUCAGCCCGUCUCUAAUGAUGAUGCAGCGCCCUCUGGGAAGCACCACAGCCUUCAGCAUUGACUCCCUCAUAGGCGGUCCGCCCCAGCCCAGUCCGGGUCACUUCGUGUAUACCGGUUACCCCAUGUUCAUGCCUUACCGCCCGGUGGUACUGCCUCCGCCGCCACCUCCGCCCCCGGUCCUGUCUCAGUCGUCUCUGCAGCCGGGUCUACCCCCUGUGCACCCCCAUCACCAGAUCCCGAGCUUGCCUAGUAGUUUCUGCUCCAGCUUGGCACAGGGCAUGGCUCUCACCUCCACCUUGAUGGCCACGCUGCCCGGCGGCUUCUCGGCUUCUCCACAACACCAGAUGGCUGCAAGGAAGUUCGGGUCUCAGACUCUCCAGGCUGUGUUCGAAAAAUCUGAAGAGAUUCGGCAAGAUAGUGAAGACGGCAAGACGUUUCUCAACAAGGACGCCUCGGCAUUAUCAUCGUUCCAAGCGUCCGAGCCCGUGCAGUCAUCGAUCGCCAGAGCACAGGGCAAAGAUGAAUCCAAGGACGACGAGUGCGACAGAAAGGAUGAGAGUUUCUCCAUGGACAGUGAUUUAGACUACAGCUCUGAUGAUAACCUGGCAAACCAGCCGCACAGUCAGAAGGACGAGGGGGACCCAAACAGCGGCCUGGAGGAGAACCUCCACGGCUCCACCGGCACAAGCAGCACCACAUCAACGGGCAAAAACAGGAGGCGCAGGACAGCUUUUACUAGCGAACAGCUGCUCGAAUUGGAGAAAGAAUUUCACUGCAAAAAGUACCUGUCCCUCACGGAGCGCUCGCAGAUUGCACACGCCCUCAAGCUCAGCGAGGUCCAGGUAAAGAUCUGGUUCCAAAACAGAAGGGCCAAGUGGAAGCGCGUCAAAGCCGGCAAUGUCAACUCCAAAACCGGCGAACCCUCCAGGAAUCCAAAAAUCGUGGUCCCCAUCCCAGUGCACGUCAGCCGGUUUGCGAUUAGAAGCCAGCACCAACAGAUGGAGCAAGCCCGACCCUGAUUCUUUAUAUGCCUAUAAACACUUUGG